GCGGCGCGGGAGGUUCGGAGCGCGGGAGACCUCCGGGUGGCCCGCCAUGGAGGAGGAUUACGAGCAAGAGCUGUACGGCAUCGAGGAUGACUUCCACAGCCAGUUCGCCGCCGAGCUCGAGGUGCUGGCUGAGCUCGAAGGGAAUGCGGCCCUGCCGUCCCCUCCGAUCCCCCGGCCCAAGGUGGCUCAGGCCCAGAUGACCUUCGAGGAAGCCAUCGCCGCCGGAGACGCUGCUGCUCUGGGCUCUGCGGACUGUGCCCCUAGGCACCGCAGCAAGAGGCGGCUGACUCCGGGGGACCCGAAAGCGAGCCCCCAGCCUCCCAGCCCCAUUGUCAAAAGGCUCAGGCUGGACGUGGUCAAGAGGCUGGAAUUCGACGCAGACUCAGAGAUAGAGGAUCCGCCUCACAGCAGCCCCCCAAGUUCAGGCAUCACCCCGCCUUCGAGUCCCAGAGUCCCCGCCGAGCUGUGGGGCGAUGGGCAUCUAGUUGCCACCAACCCAGUGCUGAAGAGACCCCCUGUUCUGGAGGACUACAUCAGUGUGACAUCCACGGCUGGCCACCGGGCCUACCUGCUGCUGCGGCCAGACCCUGUGGGCACCAUCCAGCAGAGAUCUUUCCAGGACGUCUGGCGCCGUGCCCCCCGCCAACUGGGCCUGCUGGGGGUGUCCAUUGCAUCCCUGAAGGAGCAGGUGGACAGUGAGCGGCGGCAGCAACUGCUGACAGAGGCUUCGCAGCUGUCUGACACACUGGGCAGUCUCAGGUCAGAGAUGGAGGAGGAGGUGCCAUCUUCUGAGGUUGCAGAGGAGCCUGCGGACCAGGGGGACCAUCAGGACACGGGGCAGCAUCGGUUGUGGGUGGACGCCUUCGCUCCCAAGCGCUACACAGAGCUGCUCAGUGAUGAUUUCACCAACCGCUGCCUCCUCAAGUGGCUUAAGCUGUGGGACCCGGUGGUAUUUGGCCGAGAGAGGCCUGCCCAGAAGCCCAUGCCCAGUGUGGAGUCAGCCCGGGCCAGCAAGGAGGCCCCAGGUGCCGCGGGCAAGUGGAAGAGCCAUGAGCAGGUGCUGGAGGAGAUGCUGGAUGCUGAGCUGGAGCCAAGCGGCCGACCACGGCAGAAGGUGGCACUGCUGUGCGGGCCCCCGGGGCUGGGCAAGACUACUCUGGCACAUGUGAUCGCCCAGCAUGCGGGGUACUGCGUGGUGGAGAUGAACGCCAGUGAUGACCGCAGUCCUGAGGCCUUCCGCACUCGCAUUGAGGCAGCCACGCAGAUGGAGUCGGUGCUGGGCAGCAGCGGGAAACCCAACUGCCUGGUCAUCGAUGAGAUUGACGGUGCCCCCAUGGCCGCCAUCCAGGUUCUCCUGGGCGUGCUGGACCGCAAGGGCCCACUGGAGACAGAGGCUGGGGCUGCCGGGGGGACGCGACAUCGACGGGCGGAGGGGGCGAUCCUGAUGAGGCCCAUCAUCUGUAUUUGCAAUGACCAGUUCACACCCUCCCUGCGGCCCCUGAGGCAACAGGCUUUCCUGCUCCAGUUCCCGCCCACUCUGCCUUCCAGGCUGGUGCAGCGGCUCCAGGAGGCAUCCUUGCGCCAGGGCAUGUUGGCCGACCCAGGCGCCCUGGCCGCCCUCUGCCAGAAGACGGACAAUGACAUCCGCGCCUGUGUCAACACGCUGCAGUUCCUGCAUGGCCGUGGCAAGCAUGAACUCAGCAUCAGAGCAGUGCAGACUGUUCAUGUGGGCAUGAAAGACCAGCGCCGCGGGCUCUUCUCGGUGUGGCAGGAGAUCUUCCAGCUGCCCCGCGCCCAGAGGCGCCAUGUCGGACAGGAUCCUGCCCUGCCCACUUACACACCUCAUGGGGAUCUCGUCUCAGACCAGCCGCCCCUGACCAUGGUUGCACAGAGGUUCCAGCAUGUCCUGCGCGUGGCUGCCAGUGCAGGAGAGCACGAGAAGGUGGUCCAGGGCCUUUUCGAAAACUUCCUGCGCAUGCGGCUUCGGGACCCGGGCCUAGGAGGCGUGUGUGUUGCGCUGGACUGGCUGGCCUUUGAUGACCUGCUACAACGGGCAGCACUACAUGGGCAGAGCUUCCAGCUGCUGCGCUACCCGUCUUUCCUGCCCGCUGCUUUCCACGUGCUCUUUGCCUCCAGCCAUGUGCCCAGGAUCACCUUCCCCAGCAGCCAGCAGGAGGCCCAGAGCCGGACAGCCCGGACGCAGAACCUGAUCCAGACGCUGGUGUCGGGCAUCGUGCCGAGUGCCCGCAGCUGGGCUGGGCCUCAGACCCUCGUGCUGGACACACUCUGUCUGCUCCUGGACAUCCUGGCACCCAAGCUGCGCCCCGUGAGCACACAGCUCUUCAGCGUGCGCGAGAAGGAGCAGCUGGCCGGCCUCGUGGGCACCAUGCUGGCCUACAGCCUCACCUACCGCCAGGAGCGCACGCCCGAGGGCCAGUACACAUAUAGGCUGGAGCCGAAUGUGGAGGAUGUGUGCCGGUUUCCCCAGCUGCCUGCCCGCAAGCCGCUUACCUACCAAGCCAAGCAGCUCAUUGCUCACGAGAUUGAGGUGGAGAAGAUGCGGCGGGCAGAGGCCAAGGCUGGCCCUCAGGUAAGCAGGGCUGUGCCAGGCGUGCAGAGCAGCGCAGGGGAGAAGGGGAGCCUGGAACAGAGGCUGGAGCAUAUUCUGCAGAGAACGGCCCUAGAGGAGCAGCCAGAGAGGGACUUCUUUGGCCGUGUGGUCCAGAGGAAAGCAGCCGCCCCCGCAAACACAGGGGACCCAGCCCCUGAGACAGAGGCGGCGGAGUGGCGCAUGGGCAAGGCCGUGGGCAGGAGCGACGUGUGGUUCCGCUUCAAGGAGGGUGUCUCCAAUGCCGUGAGGCGCAGCCUGUACAUCAGGGACCUGCUAUAGCCAGAGCAGGCGG